CUGCGCGGGCCACGGCGCCGCCCCGGCCGCCCCCCUGGCCAUAGCCCUGCACUCGGCUAUCACAUACAGAGCCUGGAGCGAAUGGGCUCCGUCCCCCAUGUCCCGCACCUUGGCCUCUGGUGGGGCGGGGAGGUUGUCCCAGUGAUUGCCCCACAUACACACCAUGGCAGCGACUCUCCCCUCCACACCCCACGAGCUGCAGGGGAACCUCACAGCAAUUCCCCCUACGCACCAUGAGCCCUGGAGAGAGCCUCACGGUGACACCCCCGACCUACACACAACACCCUCCCAAGAGGGAGCCUUGCAGAGACUCCCCCACCCAGAAGUGACCUGAGUCUGCACCCUGGAUUCACAGCCACAAGGAGGCAAAUGGUGCAGCUCCUGCUUGCACCCAUCACUGAGACCCCUGCCCAGGCACACUCUGUGCCAAGCCACCCAGCCCCAUCCAUGGGACCCUUUGGCACACUGCAUGGCCAUUUGUCAUGUUCCCCUCCCCUCAGCCGGGUACCGGGUAAGAACAGGGAAUGGCUCUCCUCUCCUGUUCUCGCCUCCCUCCAGCCCUGGGCCUGAGUCUCCCUCAGGACUGAUGUCAGCAGGGGGUGCUCACCGCCAGCAGGGGCAGGAUCCAGCACCUGGCUGCCUGGAGGGGCCAGCAGGGCUCAUAGACUCCAGGCUGUAGGCACUGGCUGCCCAGCACUGCAGGCAAGGGGAAAUGGAGUUUACCCAGUUUAUAGCAUUUAGGUUAGAUUAGCUGACCCAGUUCUUUUACCACCACUAUAUCACUGGGGCAACCUCUGGAUGCCCCCUCCCCAAUGCCACACCCGCAUGCCAGCCAGUGUUGGGGGCACUCCUCCACUCAGCCCCAUGCUCUCUGGGCCUGAUCCCCACAGCCUGCCCCCCUUUGCACCAGGUAAAUCCAGUGCCAUGUGGUGUGUAGCACUGCCCAGACCCAGCGGGUGGGUAUGACCCCCCAAGGAGCAGGGAAUGGCUGACCCUGGUCUUGCUGUUGCCUUGGCUCAUGGAAACCUGCUGGGGCAUCUCCACAAGAGCCAUCUGUUGUGCCCCGUGGAGCUGCAAACUGGGGUCUCUGUACUCCCCUUUGCCUGUGGGAUUCUGCAGUUGGGGGGACCCAGUCAGGUCAGCUUGUGCUCCCACAGGGCUGGGCUCAGGGCCAUUAGGGUGGUUUUAGGCUCUCACUGCCUAUAGCCAUGUGAGCAAGCAAACGGUUAAAAGGUGCGUGGGUUUGUUUGCCAGGAAGCACAGCAGCUGGUUAGGCAGCUGGCGAGAGACCGUUAGAAAGGGGCAGGGACAGCAGAGGGGAGGGAAAGGUGCUGAGAGACAGGCUGGGGUCCUUCUGCCUGCUGCGUUGUUCAUCCCUGGAUCAGAUGCUGCAGCUUCUCACCAUGGGCCUGCCCUUGUGGCUGCUUGGACAGCUCCUGGCCCCCACAGUACUUCAGCUUCUGAGCUGCAGCACUGCAGCCCCUUUCCCUACCUUGGCGCCCCCACUUACCAUGGUCGUGAACGGCGAGAGGAAGACCCUAGUGGUUUGUGUGGUGAACGACCUCUCCCAGGACAUGGCAGAUGCUAUCUGGUUUUCAAAUCAGAAUGGGAGUGCUCUGGACUCCUUCACCUACGGAGUUUCCAGGGAGGAAGACGGCACAUUCAGCACAGUCUCUCACCUCUCCGUCCACACCGCAGAACUGGAGUCCUGGGAAUCCCUCGCCUGCCACGUGAGACAGAACAGAACUGCUCAGGUGUGGAGUGCCAGGUCCCUGCUGAUCUCUGAAGACCAUGUGGAAGAGCCCUGUCUGGAUGAAGACCGAAGUGCUCUGCCCGUCCAUUCACAAAUCCUGCUUCUCUUGGCCAUCAGAGUGUUGUUGCUGAAGUUCCUCCUGUUUGACAUACUGAUCACCUGCAGCUUCCUCUUCAAAGGGGGACGCCAAGCCCUACCGCUGAAUUCUGCAAAUAGUUCAUCUGCUCAGGCUUGGUUCAGCAACGGAGAAUCAGCCUCACUCGUCAGCAUGGAGAGCAGACCGAGGCAGAGACUGAGUUGGACAGAGUUAGUGACUGGAGCCAGCCAUCCCAGGGGUAGCAGAGACAGAGCUUCCCACACCAUUUCCUUCCACCUUCCACCCAUCUGAGCUAGAGCAAAUCAAAUGACCCACUAGCAACUGUCCGCACAGUGGGACUUGGGGCAGUUUACAAGGUGUUGCGCUUGGUUUGCUCACCUCUCUGUCCGCUAUGCUGAUGUCAGCCAGGACAUGACCCAUGAUAGGCAUGUACCAUGUGCAGAACAGAUGGUCCCAAGCUGGACCGAAGUGUAGAACAGAAGACAACAAACCUAGGCUAAUGGCAUACCAGCCCAAGUGUUGAGUUGGGCGUGGACCCAGGUUUCCCUCUUGGUCACCUGUUCUAAUUUUUAUUUGUUUGUUUUUUAUUGAUGUCUUACUGGGUAAACUGCACAGUUUGCAGAGGAGUAUGGCGUUCACAGGCUGCAGCAAUGUACUUCAUGUACUAGCAACAGUGAUACAGGGCUCAUCUCCAGCACCCUACUUGUGAGCGCCAGGAAACACCUUGUUGGUAAAGAAAAUCCUUUUCUGGGCAAAGAGAUCAGUUUGCUCUCAGAGUCAGCACCCAGGGAAAUUCACUUCAGAAGAAGUCCUGUGGCUUUUUGGGUCUACAAUUUUUAAAAAAAACAGAACAUUUUGACUUUUGACAUUUUUUUAAACCAGAUAAACUAUUUGUUGAAUUCAGCCUGAAUUCAGCAAAUAGUUUUGGACCCCCAAAAAUGCAUUUUGUGGUGAAAAAACAGUAUGUUGAAAAAAAAUGUGCCCAGCUCUACCCUUCACACAGAACUAAAAUCAGAUCAUGACCAGAACCACAUACAGUCUGAAACUCUUCCAAUCCCGGAGUGGAGUUGUUUCUCUCUAGAUCAGCAACUUCUUCCUGCGCGGUUUCCUUUUUUGUAUCCGAGUGAAGCUGCUCCAGUUCCAACACCUGAGGGAGCUGCUCAAAGGCUCCCCCUUCUCAGGUAGGCACUGCCUAUUUUUAUAAGGGAAAUCAGAACUUGGGAAAACCCUUUUGGGUCCAAAGGGAUCUAUUCUGCCUGUUGAAGAGGAAUUUGCUCAGCAUGUAGAGGAAUGAGGAGAAAGAAAACCCUAGGCUAUUUUAUAAACAAUUAUAAUAAAUUCAAACCCAUACAGUAUGGCCUCA